AUGCUCAAGAGAAUCAUCUGUACCCAACCGCAAGUUUCACCUCUGGCACCUCACAUAUCAAGACAUGAAGAGACAGUGGAAGCUCGAUCAGAACUCCCGUCUAAGAGGGUCUCCAGCAUGGGGGAAAUGCAACUGCCAGACCUUGUUCCUGAGGAUACAUCUAUUCCCACAUUCCGUAUGACUAAGAAGAGAAGGAAAUUCAGCAUUUCUGAAUUUGAGAGGGCAGCAGACAAACGACUUCCUCAGAACCAAGCUCAGUCAACACCGGACAACAGUGCUUUGGCUCGAUCUCUUCGCAUGUCUCUUGGUUCCUUGAUCCCACCAGACACUAUUGAAAAGAGAGGCCUGCUCCGGAGGCCAAAACAUCGCAAAGUUAUUGACAUGGAAGCUUUUGAAGGCGGAGUGGAACAGAACAUGCUGAAGAGAAAAGCACAGGACUGUCUUGUGGACUCACAAACAGCAUCUGGGAUUCGAACAGCCACGCUGACGAGUGAUGCAGAAAUCAUGCUGAGUAACACGGAGCUCUUUGUUCAGCCUCAGUUUGACGAACAGAGCCAAAAUAAGCUUUCUGCUCUUGAACCACAGCUAUCGGAUUUGAAAACUUCAGCACAGAGAAGCAAGAUUUCUGAUGCAGCUCAAGAGGAAGCAAGGCUGGUGGGCCUGGUAUCCAGUGUGGGCACAAAUGAGGGAAAGACCCAAAGAUAUUCUGAGGACUUAACCCUUGAUCAUGAGCAUGUGGACAGAAUGGGUCCUGUACCUCCAAGAACACCUGCAAACGAGCGAGAAGAUAAGCAAGAUCAUUCCCAGCAGAGUAACCCAACGGAACGGCUUUCUUUUUCAGAAGAGGUGGUGGAUGGCACUGUUAAUAGAUGGAGCUCCUCUUUGCCAUCCAGAAGUGCAAGGAAACGUUUGGGUUCCCCAGUCCCUCGAAAGCCUAAGAGAUCUUUUAGCGUGUCUUUGAGAGAAGUUGUGUCCCAUAUAAUUGAAGACCUAGAUGUAAGCGCUACAGAAGAAGAGGUGGCUAAUACAGUGAACAAAGUGGAACAGGAAGAGAUUUUCAGAGAGGCUGCAGAGCAUCGUGCAAACGCUGGAUAUUCUGGACGUUUGGCGAAGAAACUGACCAAAAAAGCAGAAUUGCAGAUAACUGUGGAACAGGAUGCCGGAGUCGGAAGAGAAAUGGCCCCUUCAGAAGAAGAGGGAAUAGCAGAAGGCAGCAUUGAACACCAAGGCUCUCCUGAGGCUGAAUGUGAGAUUGCCAGAGGUGUUGAAGCUGGAAGUCUGGGCAGGCAUUCUCAUGCUUUUUUCUCCUCUGGAAAAUCUGGGAUGAAACCAUUAGAGGAAGCUGAUGAACAAGCAGAUGAACUAGAGGACCAGGCUAUCAUGGUAGAAUUCGAUGGUCCGGAAGAAGAGCCUACUGAGGAUGAAGCUGAAGACCCUGAGAGUGAAGAGGUUUCCAUGAAGACGCCCACGUUUGUCCGUGCUGCAGCCUACAAGCCACUGCUGUCAACUCCACGUCUUACAAAACCUGCUGCGCCCAAGUUGCCAACUCCACGUCCUGCAAAAUCUGCUGCUCCCAAGUCGCUGCUGCGGGCUAAGGCGCUUCCAAAGAGCUCGGGAGCAUCACAGAGGAAAACGUGUGAGCCUGAAUUAGCAAGUAGUUUGAUAAAGAAGAUAUUUAGCCAUUAUGUGAAAAUGCCAGUGGCCAGAGAUGCGUUCAAAAUUGUUGAAAAAUGCUCUGAGAGAUACUUCAAGCAGUUAAGCAGCGAUCUGGAAGCUUACACGAACCAUGCAGGGAGGAAGACAGUGGAGAUGGCUGACCUGGAAGUCCUCAUGAGAAGGCAAGGGCUGGUGACAGACAAGAUGCCGCUGUGUGUGCUGAUAGAGCGUUACCUGCCUCUGGAGUACAGGAAGCUCCUGAUUCCGGUUGCUGUGAGUGGAAAUAAAGUGAUCCCCUGCAAAUGA